CGCAGCAGUGAUUGGGUGAAUGUUGUUAAACUAGUGGCGAACUAAAAAAAAAAAGUUAAAAUUCAAAAUGAAUUUUCUAAUUUCAAAAUUCAUGUGGCAGAAUGGGACCCGAAUAAAUCAAUAUCUAUUCGCAAUUAUAAUAACGAUUCCACUGCUCAACUUCGGCAUGGUGCAGGGUUGGCUGUCUCCCAUGAUCUCACUUCUUCAAACACCUCAAGGCCCUGCGCCAGAUCCUUACACAAGUAGCGACAUAUCCUGGGUUACAUCUGUAACGUACAUCUCGGCAAUCAUCUUCGGAGCUCCCAUGGGUUACCUCACUGAUAGAUACGGGAGAAAAGUAAUGACUCUGAUAACAACAUUUUCAUUGAUUUUAUAUUGGCAAAUAAAACUGCUCUGCCUGGAACCGUGGGCACUAAUUCUCGCCCGGGCCAUUGCUGGUAUACCUUGUUCGGCCUGCUACAUCGUGUUACCGAUCUAUUUAAAAGAAAUCAGUGAUAUUGAUCUAAGGGGAGCUCUUGGAUCUUUGCUCAUAUUAAAUAGAAACAUCGGCUAUCUAGCUAGCUAUGUAUUCGCGGAUCUGCUUCAAGUGACCACGAUGCUGUGGAUGGGGCUAUUAGUUCCAACCGUAGUAUUUUUUAUCUUCUUAAUAAUGCCAGAGACGCCGGAGUUCCUCGUGAAACAGGGAAAAGUUGAUGAAGCUAAAACUGUCUUAGCUUGGUUGCGUGGUGUGAGCGUGCUAGACCGUUCUCUUGAACAGGAAAUAGACAAUAUCGUGAAAGUUGAAAAACAGGCCAAAGCUGAUCCUAAGUCUGUCUGGAUGAUUAUAUUAAAAGACAAAGCUACCUUCAAAGCUUUCAUCAUCACCCUGGUGAUUAAAAUCACUCAACAGUUUGACGGAUACCUCAUCGUUCUUAUAUACGCUGGUUUCGUCUUCGAACGUGCCUCAGAAUCCAUCAGCUUGAAACUGAGCCCGAACAAGCAGGUGAUGAUGAUCGGUCUGGUGCAGCUCUUGGGCUCUACGGUUGCAACUUGUAUUGUAGAGAAAACUGGGAGGAAGUUGCUUUUGGUGUCCACGUCGUUCGCAGUGGGCGUGGGGAUGCUGGCACUGUCUGCGUGGUUUUACUUGACGGGUAUCGGCAUCUGGCUACCGGGCUGGCUUCCAGUCUUCGCCAUGUGUCUCUGUAUCUUCGCUGACGCUGCCGGAUUCCAACCGAUAUCGUAUAUAAUUAUCACGGAUUUAUUCACUUUCCAGUUACGCGGCACAGUGUCAUCGUUUGCGAAUAUCUGCGCGAAACUAAGCAACUUCAUCCAGAUGAAAUGGUUCACUAAAGUCUGCGAGCUGAUAAGCAUUCAUUGGACCUUCUUAUUCUUUGCAGUCGUAUGCUUUUUCGCCUGUUUCUACACAUUAAUAUCCUUCCCGGAAACCAGACAAAAAUCCGUUGAAGAAAUCUACGAGAAAUUGAAUAGGAAUAAAAAAGAAGAAGAUAGAAUAAAGGCCGUGCCGUAACGCAAGCGAUGCUAUUGAAUGUUGUAUUUUUUUUCAAUUUGAAUGGUAUUACGCAUUUUUUUUUAAUAGGAGGUUUUUAAGAAGGUGUAUAGAAUUGUAUUCGCUGAUAUAUUUGAUAUCUUAACGUAUGCCUUAUAUUAUUCCGUCCUAACGAUUUGUGCUUAAUACAAAUCAAGACUGUCUUAGAAUAAUUCCUAUUUGGGAUGAAUAUCGUUAAUUUUAGUGUUAAGAGAAGAUAUCUCUUAGGUUUAAUCAAAAAAUGUUUUAUGAAAUUAAUCUCGUCUUAAUGUACUUAAAACUAUUAGGUAUAAAAAUAUAAUUAUCUGUGUAGAUUAAUUAUAAAAUCAAGAGCUUUAAAGUUGAUUAAAUAUUUUUAUUAAAGAAAAUUAAUGUUUUCUUACUGUUUAAAAUUAUCAAGUUACAAAUGAAUUUAUUAAACUAUUUAAAGUCUCACUAAUAAAUGAACCACAGGCGUUCAUAAUAUUAUUAUAGUUAUUUAUCGAGAUAAGCUCGACAGAUUUCGGAGGACAAUGUUUCUAACCGCCAUCGCGUCGACAUGGAACUGUCACGUGAUUGCAACGGAACGCAAAUGAAAUAAGAACUGUAUUUAUAGUCGGUAAGGAGUAAUUCGAAACUCACCGCAGAACACGAAUGUUUAAUGUCAAAUUUCCCGCGUGAAAUGAAAAAAUGAAGUAAACUCUUACAGAAUCACGCUAUUAUCUAUAAUAUAAUGAAUCAAACUUUACACAGUAAAGCUAAUACAAUAAUGAUGAUUUAAAUAAAUAUAUUAUUAACACUUCACAAAUAUAAAACUAAAACGCGUGCACUAUACGCACUAAAUUUUAGUUUUAUUAAAUGCAAUUUUUAUAGCAUGAUAUAUCUACGCAUGUGCAGUUAAAUAAAACUGAUACCUUAUUUGAAAAAGAUAUGGAGGGUGUUAAUAAAUGACUCGUAAUAAUGAUAUAUAUUAUUUGAUCACCACGCAAUGGCGAACCAUUGAUGACGACGAUGAAAUAAAUUGAUGUAUUAAUUUUUAUUUAUUAUUAAAUUUAUUUAUUUAGGGAGCUGUCUCUUACAUUCGUCUCUAUCUCUUCUCCUAUUGUCAAUAAAAUUAAUCUAUAUUUGGAUCUUGGAAUCCCACAGUCCAUUUAUUGCUUCUUCAUACAUUAAUAUCUAAUACUCUUCUCGUAGGACGACAUCCAACGCUUCACAUUAAAUGUCUAUAUCAUCGACUUCUGUUAACUUUCAAAUUACAUUUAUUUAUUUAUUGUUUUUUUUAAAGCUCCCAUUAGUGUCAAAAACAUCAUAUUGGCUGUAUGCAUACGACCUUCGUCCUCUCUCAGUGGUCCAACAUUUCAAAUGACACAUGACAAGUCUGAUGACGGACGGUUUUAUAAUUUCCCGUUAGUGUAAGAGAAGCUUAUUGGUCUCAAGUCUAUGACCUAUCGCCAUUUCAUCCACACUAAGCUUAUUCGAUUAUCUUAUGUCUCGCUCUAUAUUGUGUAAAACUAAUAUUAUUUAGUUAAUAGACGUCGUAGAUCAAUAAGCGUAGAGUAAUGAAAAUUUAAACAUAUGUUAAAAUUUUAUUUGUAAUUUCAAUGAUCAUUGUUGAUAAGAAAACAAUUAUUGUUUUCAAAUAUAGUCCAGAUAAUUUAAGUUAUA